AAUUUGAUAAAUGUAAAAAAAUAGUGAAUUUAUUUUAAUCUAAUUUCCACUCUAAACGAGAAUCGACAUCUACAUUGAUACAUAUAGUCAUACAAUAUAAGCCAGCAGACCGAUUUAUCAACGUCCUUUUCUCGUCAUCUUCCUAUCGUAUCCAACAUGGAGAGAGUGGAAGUUUGUGUACGUGAUGGCAAAUUGAUUGGUAUUGUCGAGGAAGGUAUUUAUGGUGAUCGCUAUGUUGCCUUCCGUGGAAUACCGUAUGCGAAACCUCCGGUUGGUGAACUUAGAUUUAAGGAUCCUGUACCACCAGAACCAUGGUCCGGUAGCAGAGAUGCUUCAAAAUACGGAAAUAUUGCUAUUCAGAUAGAUAUUAUCAAAUCAAAAAUUACAGGCGACGAAGACUGUCUUUAUUUAAAUGUGUUUACCACAAAUAUUAAGUCUUCGGAAAAACGUCCUGUGAUGGUAUGGAUACAUGGCGGUGGCUUUUAUGUCGGAUCUGGUGAUUCGACUUUUUAUGGUCCUGAUUACAUUGUGGAAAAGGAUGUAGUGUUGGUUACUCUAAAUUACAGACUAGGCGUUCUAGGUUUUUUGAAUUUAUAUGAUGAAGUAGCAACGGGGAAUCAAGGUCUGAAGGAUGUGAUAUUGGCAUUACAAUGGGUCCAGAAAAAUAUAUCAGAGUUUGGUGGAGAUUCAGAAAAUGUCACCAUUUUUGGUCAAAGUGCCGGUGGAGUUAUUGUACAUUAUUUGACUUUAUCUCCAUUAAGCGAAGGUUUGUUUCAUAAAGCGAUAUCGCAAAGUGGCACUGUUUUGUGUCCAUGGGCCUUUACCGAACCGAAAUCUUGUUCAACGAAUAAAGGCUUCUUGCUUGCCAAGAAACUCGGAAAAGUGACCGAAGAUCCGAAGGUUGUUUAUGAGUUUUUCAAAACGAUCGACGCGAAAAAACUCAUAGAAGCUGAACGAAAGUUUCUCAGAACAGAAAAAGAGCGUCUACAAUCUCUAUUGUCUUUUACACCUAGUCUAGAUCAUGAAUCAUCAAAUCCAGUUUUCCCGGAAGAUCUAACAACGCUUAUUCAUCGUGGCGUUAAAGUUCCAUAUCUUCUGGGUUUUACAAAUUGUGAAGGAUUAUUUUUUUUACGCAAUAAUUACGAAUGCAUAAAUAAGAAGGCUCUCAGUCAAAUAGAUUCUGACUUUGAAUUGGCAAUAUAUCCCACAGUUUUACCUAAACUGCCAAUCACAUUAUGUCAAUUACGAUCCUUAUAUUUUGGUGACAAAAAUAUUUCAGAGGAAACAUUGGCUAAUUACAUUAAUUUACUCACCGAUAUGUUUAUUUUGCGUGGUAUUAUGCAAGUAGUAGACAUUCAGAUGAAUAAUGAUAAUUGUGGAAAGACAUAUCUGUAUCAAUUCUCAUACGAAAGCGAAACCUCACUCAUGAAAAAAAUUUUCAAUAUUGACUUUCCAGGUGUGUCUCAUGGCGAAGAAUUGAGUUACCUAUUUUAUCCUGAUAUAAUAAAAGUAUUAGGUUUAUCAGUACCUGCGUCUGAUUCGGAGGAUUAUAAGAUGAUAAAUCGUUUAACGCAGAUGUGGACAGAUUUCGCUAAAACAGGGAAUCCAACACCCGCGAUUACUUUUUUGAUUCCAAAUAAGUGGACACCGUUAAAGCAUGCUGAAAAUGUGUACGAUUAUUUAGACAUUGAUAUUGAACCUCGGAUGAAAACUCUUCGUAAAGGGAAGCAGCGCUGGGACUGGGAGAACAUGAAAAACAUAAGCUAUGAUCAUUCUUUUUACAAAAUUUAAUCAGCAAUAAAAAAUUGAUUUUUUAGUAUACACAUACAUAUACAUUCUACGAUAAUAAAUAAAUUUUUUCUCCAUCUUUUUUUGGAGUCAAUUGCUUAUAAAAAUAAUCAAAAAUAAUAUUAUUAAUUCAGAGUGCUUUAGAAGUUAGAAAAUGUGGAUAGCUUUGUUUUGUAAGUCUGUUUUUAUUGUCAGGACAUUAGUCCAAUAAAU